AUGCCACCGCAAUCUUGGAAUGAAGAAACACUGAACCCACCAAGCACUCCGCCCCGGAAAGAAGAACCAUCGCCUUACCAAGUGAUGGCGCCUCCCGACUAUCUGACAAAUCUCGAGGGAGCCACCCACGAACUUCCACCAGAAUACCCUGUGUAUUACUUUUUCUACGGAACAUUGGCAGUUGCUGCAAACCUGAAAAGAAUCAUCGAUCUGCAAGAGGAACCCAGACUUCGCAAGGCGAAAAUAAUCGGUUAUGCGCUCGCCAAGUGGGGUGAUUACCCUGCCUUGAUUAAUGGGGAGCCGGGACAGGAGGUUUCUGGGUAUGCGUAUCUGGUACAGUGCGAAGAGGAGGCUCAGAAGCUUGCUUAUUAUGAAACCAACGCAUACCGAGUUGCAGACUGCUGGGUAUUCUGUACGGAUGGCGAAGAGCCGUCAGAGGCGCUUGGCAAGACAUUUAUGUAUGCUGGUGAUGCAAAAGCUUUGCUAGAACAACGAUUCGACCGCAAACUUUGGACUCUGCAGAUGGGCGGGAAAUUGGGAUGA